AUUUCAGAGAUCCGUGAAUGCUUCAAUGUGUACAGCCAAGAUGGGAUCGUGCACUCGGCGCCUCAACUGAGAUGCAUCUUGCGUAGUCUUGGCUACUCGCCAACUGCUGCCAAAACCGCAGCUUACUUCUCCAAAACCAAGCAGCCAAUGAACUUCGCAGCAUUUCUCGAAAUUGCCAAAGAGGAACACAACAGCGCUGCUAUAAAUCUCCCCCUUGCUCUUGCUUCUGAUGUGCAGCCGAUGUUGCAAAGUACUGGCAUACAGGAGCUAGUGUGGAGAAGCUCUAGGGUCGACGAUGGGGGACGUGCGAUUCGUGCGAUUCCGGAUGCGCGCGUCAAAUUGCGCGUCCAAAUUCGCGAUGAGUCAAACAACCCUGGCGCCUAUCAUUGA